CCGACGAAAACCGUAAAAAAAAAAAAAAAAAAAUCGUAACGACGCAAAAGGGAAAAAUUUCUUCGGGGAAGGUUCAUCAAUGGCGAACCGGUGAUUCAGUCCUCACAUCAACUGCUGUAGUUUCCAUUAGAGGAAGAGAGGAUAAAGUAGGUGGCUCGAAUGGAAUGCAACAGAGAGGAGGCUAGAAGAGCGAGAGACGCUGCGAAGAAGAAAUUUUUAGCAAAAGAUGUUUCAGCGGCCAGGAAAUUCGCACAGAAAGCUCAGAUGCUGUGUCCCGAGCUCGAAGGGAUUUCUCAGAUGCUAGCUACGAUUGAUGUGCAUUUGUCUGCUCAGAACAUAAUCAACGGCGAGAUAGAUUACUACAGUGUUCUUGGUCUGAAGCCGGAAGCCGAUGACGGGACAGUGAGGAAACAGUACAGGAAAAUGGCUGUGAUGCUUCAUCCCGAUAAGAACAAGUCGGUGGGAGCAGAGGAAGCGUUCAAGUAUCUUUCGCAAGCAUGGGGUGUGUUCUCUGACAAGGCCAAGAGAGCUGAGUAUGAUCAGAAAAGAAACGUGGGAAUGUAUGAAAAGUCUUCGACUUUGGGAGGGACUUCUUCAUUGGCGAAUCCUGCAGUGACUAACGGCCUUCGAAAAGUUACGAAAGUUAGUGGUAGUACUUCCAAAGUGAAGAAUUCGAAGAGAGGAACCAACCGGGCAGGUGAUGCCUCUGCUGCUUCUUCAUCCCGUGAAAAGAUAGCAGACGGUACCUUUUGGACUGUGUGUCGAAGCUGUAGGACCCAGUAUGAGUAUCAUCGUGUUUACCUCAAUCAGAAUCUCCUCUGUCCGAACUGUCGCAAUCCAUUUAUAGCUGUAGAGACAGCUCCUCCCGGUUCAGGUUCGAUCCGUAAGAGCUUUCAUGAGCAUCAGUUCAACUCUAUCCAUCAAGCAACUGGCAGAAAGAAAAAUGCCUCUGUCAGAGACAAUGGGGUGUAUGGUGAUUAUGAUUCAUAUGGCCAUGCCAAUUAUCAGUGGGGUGUGUAUUCCGGAACGCAAAAUGCAGCUGGACAGACCGGACCACGUAGAGACGAGGGUGUCCGUAGAAAAUAUACGAAAAGAGUGGGCGGUGGUUCAUCAACCACAAGUGCUCCGAAAAGAAGAAGGGGUCUGGAAAACACAGGCGCCAGUGGUAUUACCAGUGCAGGAGUUGCUACGAAAUCAGACAGUGCAAAAGAAUAUACCGAGCAAGAGCUGCAGAGUUUAUUCAAGAGGAAAGCUAUGCAAGAAAUCUGCAGACAGCUUCAAGAAACACAUAGAGGCAAUGACAGUGGAACAGCUGCAAAAAGGAGGAAGAUCGAUGGUGAGGAAAACAAUGGGCGGAUUGAGAAUUCUUCAGAAAGCGGAAAUGCAUGUGAACGAAGCAAUGGAGUCAGUGAAUCAGGCCUUGUGGACUCAAUUCACUGCACUAGCGGUGUCGAGAAGGAUUCGAAGUUCUCGGAAGCAUUAAUGGUUGAUGUUCCUGAUCCAGAUUUUUGCGACUUUGACAAGGAUCGGACCGAAAUGUCGUUUAGUGAUAACCAGAUAUGGGCUGCUUAUGAUUCUUUUGAUGGAAUGCCCCGAUCCUAUGCCGUGAUACACAAUGUUUUCUCCUUAGAUCCGUUCAAGUUGCGUAUUAGCUGGCUUGCUUGGGAAACAAAAGGCGAAUUGAGCUCGUUAAAGUGGCUCGGUUCUGGUAUUUCUAAAACAUGUGGAGAGUUUAGAGCUGGAAAGCCUGGAAUCUGCAGAUCACCUUACCUUUUCUCGCACAAAGUUAAAUGGACGAAAGGCGAUGAUGGGCAGUUCCGGAUCUAUCCCAGGAAAGGCGACGUCUGGGCUCUGUACAGGAAUUGGUCCCCGGACUGGAACUAUCUCGCAGGAGGUGAAACGAUCAUGUAUGACAUAGUUGAAGUGCUCGAGGGUUAUACCGAAGAAUAUGGUGGUGUAUCAGUUGUUCCCUUGGUGAAAGUUGCUGGUUUCAAGGCUGUUUUUCACCAUCACUUGGAUUCCCGAGAAGUUAGGACGAUCCCGAGGGAGGAAAUUUCCCGAUUUUCUCAUCGGAUCCCUUCAAUCUUGCUUACGGGUCGGGAAGCACCGGCUGCUCCCAAAGGCUGUAUACAGCUCGAUCCUGCAGCAACACCGUCCGAUUUUCUUCGGGUUAUCAGUCAUAGGGAGGCAGAAGACGAUCCAAUGGAGGAAGAACCGAGCAAAGAAGAGGGUGUAGUGAAAUACAUUGAUCUUGAUGGAAGAGAGGAAAAGGUAGAUGAGGAGACAGUAGACAUUCUUACAGGCACCCCACUGAAGGAGAAGGAUGAAGACAAUGGCUGAAGCCUAUUCUCCUUACCCUUUUGGCCAAACUUAAAUUUUCCGGCUUUUGUAAGAAGAAGAAGAUGAAGAAGAAGGCAAAACUGCAAGACAGAUGAGAGGCAAACCAAUCUAACACUCCGCAAAAGAAGAGGAGACAGUCACUGAAACAUGAAUCCAAGUUUUGUCAUUAUAUAUAUAUAU